AUGUCCAUUCAGUUCCAAUCUUCCAACGUACUUGCCAGGCUAAAACCCUUCGGUCUACUGUUUGAAAAAUCAUUAACUGAUCUCAUCAAAGGCAUCCGUCAACACUCCAAGGAAUCUUCUGAAUCACUUGCUCAAUUCCUUGAUAAUGCCAUUGUAGAAUGUAAAAAUGAACUUUCUUCCAAUGAUAUGGAAACCAAAGCUAUGGCAGUUUUGAAGUUAGCAUACCUUGAAAUGUACGGUUUUGACAUGUCUUGGUGUAAUUUCCAUAUCCUAGAAGUCAUGUCGUCCAAUAAAUUCCAAAUCAAACGGGUUGGUUAUUUAGCUGCCAUCCAAUCAUUCAAGAACGAGAAAGACUUACUUAUUCUUGCUACUAAUCAAUUCAAGAAGGAUUUAAACAGUCAUGACCAUGUUCAUAUCGGUCUAGCAUUGAGUGGCAUUGCCACCAUUGUUACGCCGAAUCUUUCCAAGGAUAUUAAUGAUGAUGUUCUUAUGAAAUUGAACCAUACUAAGCCUUACAUCAGAAAGAAAGCUAUCUUGGCCAUGUAUAAGAUAUUCCUUCAAUAUCCUGAGAGUUUAAGGAUGAACUUCACCAAGGUGAUUGAGAAGUUAGACGAUGAUGAUAAUCUGGUGAUUAAUGCUACCAUAAAUGUGAUUUCCGAGAUCAGUAAGAAGAAUCCUAAGAUCUUUGUUAACUAUUUACCCAAAUUUUUCCGGAUUUUAGAGGAACUGAAGAAUAAUUGGUUGAUUAUAAGGAUCUUAAAGUUAUUCCUGUGCUUGUCUAAGGUAGAAAGUCGAAUGAAAAAGAAGAUUUUACCAUCAAUUAUUGAUUUAAUGGUUAAAACCCAAGCAUCUUCAUUGAUCUAUGAAUGUAUUAAUUGUAUUCUUAGUAGUUCCAUGUUAUCACCAGAUUCUUCCAGAGAUAGGGAGGUUGCGGAGUUAUGUGUUGAACAAAUAGAGAAAUUUUUUGAAGCUGGUGAUCCAAAUUUAAGAUAUAUGGGACUUUUGGCUUUGAUUAAUAUUGUAGAGAGUUUCCCAGUAUUAAUCAAAUUCAAAGGGUCAUGGGUGGCCAAUACUAUCAUCCUUUGUAUUACCAAUGAUGAUUUGAUCAUUAAGAGAAAAGCUCUUGAAGUUUAUCAAUAUCUUAUCAAUGACGAUACCAUGGUGGAUUAUACUCGUGUGAUACUUAAGAAUUUAAUCCCUGGUUCGGUUCCCGAUACCCUUAAGUAUGAUAUUGUGGUGAAGAUUUUAAGUAGUGGAGCUAUGAAUAAUUAUGGACACAUUCCUAGUUUUUCAUGGUACUUAUCAGUAUUGAAAGAUAUUGUCACCUUGACACUUUUACCUAACGCCAAUGAUAUUCUAGCACCAGAAAUUAGAGAGAAAAUAGCAGUGGAAUUGGGUAAAGAGUUCAAGAACUUAUCUAUUAGAAUUCCAUCCAUCAGAAGUGAUAUCUUAGCCAUCAUCCUGGAAUUUAUCAUGAACCCUAGGAUCUUAGAUGAUUGUCCUUCCUUACUUAAGGAUUUGUAUUGGAUUAUGGGUGAAUAUAUCGACCAAUUAGAAGACGAGGAAUCGACUUUAGGGAAGAAAAUCCAACUUUUCAAUUGUUUGGUCAAUGUUAGAGUCGAUAGAGUGUUGGAACUUAAUGAUAAGUUGAAUUUUGAAGUUGCUAGGAAGUUGGUCAACCAUGAAAACACCGAAAUUUUGACCGUGUUGAUACCUUUCUUAGUGAAAUUGUUCUCUUCUAUUGUCAGUGAUUACACUAAUGCUUAUGGUGAACAAGGACAACUCCGCCAUAAGAAGGUGGUAGAAUUAGCUUUUGAUUUGGAUAAAUUGGUUUACUUUUUGGGAUGUUUCGAGAAUCACUUACACUAUGAGAUCCAAGAACGGAGUUUAUCAUGGUUAGAGUUCUUGAAAUUGUGUUUUGAGAGCUUGGAUGUGGCAGAAGAGGUGAAGAAGAUGGAAAUAGAAGAGGUAGAGUAUUAUAAGAAUAUUGGUGAUGAAGACGAGGAUGAGGAUGAGGGUGAAGAUGAUGAAGGUGAAGAGAGUAGUGAAGAAGAACAAGAAGAUUAUAUUGAAUUAUCAUCUGAGGAUGAAGAGCCAAAAGAAACAGAGUCAGAAGAACAAGUGGACGAAAAUCCACAAUCAUUUGCUGUGGAGAUUCCAGAUACCUUGGAUACUGUUCCUAUGCUUCUUACACAUGUUCUUCCUACAUUCUUCAAAUCCUAUGAUCUCCCACCGAUCUCUAAAUCCAGUCAAAAAUCCAUCCCACCACCGGAGUUUGACCUCGACUCCGAAAUCAACUCCCCUAAAUUUGAGCUCUUUAGUGACGUUGAAGAUUCGGACACUGAAGAAGAAGAACCCGUUGAAGUCAAAGAGGAAGUCAAGAAAGAAGAACGUCUUGAACGUAUCAAAUAUGAUCCUUACUAUAUCAACGACACCACCAGUAAACCAAAGACCAAGAAGAAAAAAGAAAAGGUUGAAAGUACCGAAAUCCCUGAGAAGAAAGUCAAACCCAAGAAGAUCAAGAAAGAGAAAGUUUUGAUCUUGGAUGUGGAAGAUGAAGAAGUUGUUACAGCCGCACCAGUGAAGAAGAAGAAGAAUUUGUUGAUGAUCGAUUCAUCAAACUUGGAUAACUUUGAUUUGAGUGUGGAGACAUCAACUGAGGAUGAUAUUGAUUUGAGUGCUUUGAGAAAUGCUUUGGAGAAGGAGAAGGUGGAGGUUAAAGAGAAGAAAGUGAAGAAAGCCAAGAAGAAGAGCAAGAGUAAGGGUAAAGAAGCUAAGGAUACCAAACAAGACAAAGACAAAGAAGCUAAGGAGGGUAAAGAAUCCAAAGAGAAAGAGAACAGUAAAGAAACUGAAGACAAAGAGGGUCAAGAAAGUCAAGACAGUAAAGAAACUGAAGCUGUGAAUUCCCACUCAUCAUCUCCAUCUCCUGGAGUCGUAGUGCCAGUAAAAAAGUCUAAAAAAAAAUCUAGAGCCAUCAUACAUUAA